AAUAGAAACAGCACAGAGGGACAGAGUUAGCCCGUUCUUACUAACCAGUAGGUUCUCCGCUCGAAAACCUACGCACCCAGCUCGGGCUCGGCCAAGGCGAGGAUUAUCCGCGCCGGCACAUCGGGAGAAAUAACUUUAAAGUAUGAUGCUUUAUUUAAAUGUUUCAGGCUAGCCACCUAGCUAGGUUGCCAGCCAGCUAGUCGAGCUAUCGUUAGCCUGUCUACCCAAAACAUAGUGUUAGCGGCUAGCGGCUAACGGCUACAAGGAGGCGGAGGAUCAGCUGUUUGCUAGACAGAUGCUGUAGGAACAGCGGACAGCAACACUUUCACAUGAGUGCCGCUGUGACUGAAGGCCAUUAGCAAGACAAAGGUCGCCUCCAUGGAGCCAGCACAGGAGUCUUUGUAAAGGGCGAGGGGGGGUGUAUAGACGCCCAAAGUGAAAAAGGGCCAAAUUCAGCAUUAUAUGGACGAAACCUGAGCCGGGAGUUUACUACAAGUCUUUAUUGAUGAUGGCGGAUUUUGUUACACCGCGACACAGCGCGGUGAUGGAGAGGCUCCGCCGGAGGAUCGAGCUCUUCCGGCAGCAUCACAACAGCUGCGAGAGCCGCUACGAGAACGCCACGCUGGAGCGACUGGAGCUGGAGAGGCAGCAGACCUUCGCCCUGCACCAGCGCUGCCUGCAGGCCAAAGCCAAGCGGUCCAACAAGCAUCGGCAGCCCCAGCCCAGUGGCGACCAGGCCGGCCAGAGAGCGCCGGGCAGCGGCGUCAGCAGCGCGGAGCACGGGGAGAGCGGAGGGACGGCAGCGGAGCAGAGUCGGAACAGCACCCUGAUAGCGCUGCAGGAGACGGUGAAGAGGAAGUUAGAGGGUGCUGGUUCUCCGCUGGGCAGAGAUCAGGUCAACGGUUUCAGCGACGGUUUCCCCCCCAACAAAAAGGCCUGUCUGGACAAUGGCACCGCUAACGGCUCCCCGCUGGACUCCAAAAUGGGGAUCAGCGACUCACUGAACUCCAAUGGCACCCACGGGCCGGCCGGAGAGUCGACGGACAGCGGCAGGGAGUCAGCUUCAGACUUCCAUCGGAAGGAAAUGAAACAGGAACCCGACGACAUCCUGCCCAUCAUGCCGCCGUCAGGUGGGGGCAACAACAGCCUGUUCCCCGACCUCAACCUGAAUGAGCAGGAGUGGACGGAGCUGAUGGAGGAGCUGAACUGUACUGUGGCCUACGAGGACAUCCAGGACAUUCUCAACGACGGCUUUGAGGACCGCAAAGACCCUCUGGAGCUGGCACCGACUCCAGGUGGUGCUGGGCCAGUGGGAGGAGGAGCGGGAGGGGCAGCAGGUGGCGGGGGAGGCCAGUCGUCCCAGGGUCUGAUCCCUCCGGAUCUGGUCAGCGUUAAGUCAGAGUUCUCCCCAGCCUCAGUGGCUUUCGAGCAGGACUCUCGCACCGGCUCCCCCCAUGUCAGGUCCACUUCCUCUGGGCCACCUCCUCCUCACCCCACUAGCUCCCCUGUUGCCUCCUCCUCCGCCUCUUCCCCGGCUCUGCCCCCAUCCCAACCAGCUCCCACCCCCAGGCAGCUUCAGCCUCCCCCCAACCACCUCCUCCCUCCGGGCCCCCAGGUACCCAAAGACCUGUCCCCUGCCCAGCAGCUCCAGCAGCUGGCUGCCCAGCAGCAGAGGGCCCAGCACCUCCACGGCCAGAUGCAGCACAAACAGCCACAGCCAGGGGCAAAGUUUCACAACCAGGGGCCCCAUGCCCACCCCCCACCUUGGCCCCAGAUGGCCAACACCUCCCAGAGCCCACGAGGGGGCGCGUUUGUUAUGGACAAGCCCACGAGCCCCUCCCUGUACCCACAGGACUUCAACCCCAACGCCCAGAAGCAGCUACUGAUGCCCAGUCAGCCCAACAAAGUCUCUCCAAAGGCGGGGGCCGGCAGCUACAUGCCGGGGCCCGCCGGACACACCAACAUGCUGGGUCACCCAACUUCAGGGCCUCCUCUGAGCCACCCGUCUGCACCGGGGGCUCAGGCCUCGGUCAGCAUGCUGAACUACAACAACACCAAACCUCUAUCGCACUUUGAGGCGGGGCCCGGUCCGCCGCGGCCCCCUAACACCCAGAGCCAGAACAAGGCGGCCCUGCUGACGCUCCUCAGACAGCAGCAGCAGAUUAAACAGAAGAACAGCAUGAACUUCCGCCAGCACAUCCCACACGCACAGGACCAGAACACCUAUCCUGCUCCUUCACACGGCCCUGGCCCCGCCAACGCCAUGGCCCCCGCACCCGGAAACAGUGCCAUGACGGCCCAGUCCGGAGCAAACGCCAUGGCGGGUAACCAUGGUAACGCGGCAUACCUGACCAACCAGGCGGCAGUGGCGGCGGCGCUGAAACAGCAGCAGCAUCAACAGCAGAUCCUGGAACAGCAGAAGCAGCAGCAGCAGUACAUACAGAGACAGCAGCUCAUGGCUGAGCAGGAGAAGCAGCGGCAGCAGGACCAACAGCUGCAGAGACACCUGACCCGACCUCCCCCGCAGUACCAGGACCAGCCGGGACAACCGGCCAAUCAGAACCCUUUCCCACAGCCGCCAGUCAACCAGUUUACAGCUUCCUCUCAGCCAAUGGGGAGCGUUGGCUCCAUGGGGGGCCCGGCCCCUGGAUCCCAGCGCAUGUUCCCUCAGAACCAAGGCAUGAUGGGUAUGACCAUGGGACAGGCCGGUGGGCCGGCGGGUGGUGUAGCUCCGCCCCCCACGGUGAGCCAGGCUGACAUCAGUCUGUCGUCAUGUGGCGGCGGAGGGGGCGGGGCCGGCGUGGACGUGCAGCAGGUGCUCUACAACAACAUGAACCUUCACCCCAACCACCCAGCCCACAACGCCCACCCGCCCCAGCAGGCCGGCCUGCAGCGCCAGCCCCUGGGCGCCAUGAGCGCCUCCUACAGACAGAACCUUCUGGCUCAGCAGCAGCACCUGAAGGCGCAGCCCAACGCUGCCAUGUUGAAGCAGCAGCAGCUGGCCGCCGCCGCCGCCCGCAUGCCGGUUUCCAUGCAGAACAAUAUGGGAGCCGGCCUGCCCGGCUCCAUGCCCGGCAACAUGCAGGGAGCCCAGAGCGCCGCCUGGCAGCAGCAGCUGGCCAACCAGCCGCCCUCCAGUAACGCUGGCCUGCCCCCCAACGCCUUCAGCAACCCCCCCAACACCUUCCACAUGCAGCAGCAGCCUCGCAUUCCCAAGAUGCCGCCAGGCGCUGCACCCUUUGGUGCAAAUCCCGGCGGGCGUCCAAUGGGAGGCCUGAACCCUGGGCAGCAGAUGAUGCAGACAAACAUGGCGGCCGCGCAGCAGAGGGCGCCGCCCAACCCUCAAAGCCUCGGCCAGCCGAUGGCCAAUCAGCAGCAGACUCAACAACAACAGGCCAAUCAGAAUCAGGCUGUCCUCCCCGACCUGGCGGUAUUCGGACAGCCGCAGGGCAACAGCCGCCAGGGACUGCAGUGUAACCAAGGAUACCAGGUGAGCAGGACUGCCAACCAGCAGCAGCAACAGGUGUCGUUUGGGUACAACGUGGCGUCUGGGAGCUUCGCCGGGGAGAGCGAGCUGGUCGACUCCCUGCUGAAGAGUCAGAGCACCCAGGAGUGGAUGGCCGACCUGGACGAACUGCUCGCCAGCCACCACUAGUCAGAGACACCUGUCUGCACCUGGAGCACCUGAACCUGCUCAGCUGAGAGGCCGUACUGCUGUACCUGAAAGACGAGUCGCCGACGAAGAAAUCCAUCUUUUUCUUUCAACGACACUGUUCUGAUCUGUAGACAAAGAAGGUUAGCGUGUUAGCAUUAGCCAUGCAGCCAGCUGAUGGUGAAUGUCAGUCCACCUCUCUCUGUCUUUGAGUUCUCACCCCCCCGCGGGCUGCUGAAGCCACGAGGUUGUUGGUAAAUGUCGUGUUUCUUCAGACGCUGAUCUGUGGGCCGUUUCCUGCCCCGAUAUGAUCAGGCCGGCUCACGUUCUCGUUGCAUCCGGGUAGAAUAUAUCUCACCCACAGGUGCCAAAUCCACUGCAAUGAAGAAACAAAAGGUUUUCUUGGUUAGAGAGACGAGAACAGUUCAGUUCCCACAGGGUUCAGUGAGCAGGGUUCUCUCCAUGUCAGCAGCUGGUCGCGGUUCUUACUCAGAGAACGCUCAGGUUCAGCAGACGGAGGAUUUUAAACCGCUCUGUCAGCUGAGUGCUGCACGUUCAGAAGAAAUGAAAUCAACAGUGACACCUGUUCAGUGACAGGUGAGACGAGCCCUGAUGUGUUUCUGAGCAGAACGACGCCAGGCUUCACUCAAAAACCUGGCAGUUUAACGAUGAAGUGCUCGUUACAAACCUACACACCUGGUAGAACAGUCCUUCAAGCCUUUUCUGAUUCUCCAAUAUUAAAACAUGAUUUCCUCUAUGAAACAUCAGUUUGUAGACGUGUGUCAGCCGACAUCUGCCUGCUAACCGUCUGCAGCUGAACCCGUUUCAUCCUCUUCAGCUUGUUUUCAUGUUUUAACUCAGUCAGUCUUCCUCUCUGUUUAGACUCCACAGUAUAAAAACUAUAAAGUUUUUCCUACAUGCUCCAGUUUUACAGUUCAAAUACACUCUGGAUAAUGAAAUGCUGGAAAAUACAUCUUUGAUGUACUGAUAUGUGAAGAUUUCUAUCAUGAACAUCUGGUUUCGGUUGGACGACUUUAAAAACAGCCCGCCUCAGUAACAUGACGGAUAAAUAAAAUGUAAAGAUCUCUGCUUGUGCGUGAGCAAAUGGAAACAACCAGUUUAUUAUCAGACGAGUGCAGCCGCCAGCGAAAAAGAACAUUUCCAGAGUUUUCUAACUUUAGUUUAAUUCUCUGAUCUGAACUGAGCCUCUUCUUAAAUCUGAGCGUCGGCAGAAUCGACUCGGUACUAAAACCAUCCUUUCAUUCAGUCGCAGCUGCAUUUGUAAAUGUUUCAGACAGGUUGGACUGGAUGUUAAUGGGCAGUUUCUGUUCUUCAUCAUUAACAAACACUCAUUAAUGUGACUGACUGGACUCCAUGUUUCCCUCCUGCUCUGCCAUGUGUGUAAAUGUGUAACUGAGACUGAUGUGGAGUCUGUACGCAGACGAUCAGUGUGUAUAUAUUCUGUUCCACACUGAACAAACUACUACUGAACCACUGGACCUGCCCCACAGCGCCACCUACAGACCAGCAGCAUCACUCGGUCGCAGUUUAAAGUUUCCUUUUACAGCUUUUUUCUCUAAUUUCUUCCACGUUAGAAUCAUGCAGGCGUCGUUUUAAAGGGCCCCGCUGAUGUUUUUGCAUGUUUUACAUCAUUUCCUCCAAAUAUUACUGAUCAUUUCCAUCAGUGGCCACCUCCCACAUCAUGUUCACACCAUGUUUGCCUUUAGUUUCAUCUUUUUACUCCCAGAUGUUACUGCGAUGAAACGAUGGCAAACAUGACGGCGGUCGAAUUCAAACAAGUUACAACUCAUUUUCAUACUGUAGGGAAAUAUCUGUGAACACACGCCGCUCCCAAGACAAAUAUUUAAAUAUCUAGAACAAUAUGUGAUAUUGUGCUGAGGGAAAUGAUGUGCCGUAAUGUGAAGAGGUUUGUUUGGGAGUAUUUUUAGAAGCUGAUUUGAUUGGCUGUUUCAGGUCAGGGCGUGUUCGUGACUCUUCCACUUUAUUUAGAUUCAAACCAGCAGUUUGGUGCCUCCUCACAUCCACCACGCUGAAUUAUUCACCUGUUCUCUGAUGACCUUCAGACCACAGAUCACUUCAUCAGAGACUUUCUGUGACCAUCAGUCAGCAGCAGGUUUCUCUGUGUUGUGUUUCCAGUCGUCCUCAGUGACAGAAGGGACAGUGAAACAUGCAGAAACACUCACAUGUUCCUUUAAAUGGUUAAAAGUUUAAGAGGUUGAACCUCCGAUGGGUCUGACUGAGCAGCAGCUGCAGCCUGCAGACACCCAGCAGGGACCCUGGAGCCCACAGGCAGGGACCCUGGAGCCCACAGGCAGGGACCCUGGAGCCCACAGGCAGGGACCCUGGAGCCCACAGGCAGGGACCCUGGAGCCCACAGGCAGGGACCCUGGAGCCCACAGGCAGCUCUGUGGGUUUCAGAGCUCCACUUCCUGCUGCUGCUCUGACAGACUGAUCUGAUCUGUGCUGAGCUGAGCUGAGCUGAGGCUUUUCCUCGAGACGCAAAGACUCUGAACUGUCAGACAACACAAAUGUUCAGCUGCUCCUCUGGUCAGCUGACAGUUUCCACUUCCUGUCAGUCAUUCAAACAUCCUGCUGGAGAUUUAAUGUAACUGCAGACCAGCAGCAGUGAUGAAAGACCCACAAGGUUUAGGUCUGUGAAUGUUUCAUAGGUUACACGUGGUAAUGCCGCAUUUCAGUCUAAUUGUAAAAGUGAGCGUUCCAGCUGGCAGCGUGUCAACACCCUGUACUGACAGUGACUUUUUUUGCCCUAAAAGCAGCCUUCCAGGCGGUCGCCUCCACCAGUCAAGAGCUGCAUGUGACGGUUAAGCUAGCAGUGAGGGUCCUGAUGUCCUCCUAAAGAGACACUAACAGUGGACGGCCUGUUACAGCCGUAAAGCAGACACAGCAGAGCAGGUAGACGUCCACCUGAGAGUCUGAGUGCAGGCUAAGUGAAGUCCGUGCUGAUUGGUUGAGCUGUUACAUCGUCCACUGUGCAGGCUGAGUUCAAAGUUCUCCAUCCUCUGAGCAGAUUCUCACUUUCACUGUUUAAAAUAGUUUAAACGCAGCAUUUUGGCUCCUGAUGUCCCUGAACUCAGCACGUCAAGGUGCGUCUGCUCACGUGAUCGGUGACCGCGUUGGACCGCAGACGGCCCCUCAGACGCUGAACGUGGACUCGGCUCACAGUUGCGUCCUCGUGUUCUCAUUAUAUUAAUUAGUCGGACCUUUGCUCCGCGUCCACGUUCAUCGUUUGACUCUGUGAGGCGUCUGCGGCCUUUAAGGCGGAUCUGCGACCAGGUCGUCCUGUUUUAAGGUGGAACUGUGACCCGGUCGUUCUAUCUACUGUACUGUUUUUGACUCCUUCAAACAAACGGAUGCAUUUGUGUGUGCAGACCUGUUGUGUAUUUUAUUUGUAAUGUUAUUUCUGCUACACGAUCGUUUGGGGCUCGUUUCCUGUUUUCAUCCAAAUCGCCGCCGAACCUUCAGCUUCCGGCGCGGCGCGGCCUCGCGGGCUUUCUGGGUUUAACUGUUGUAAAUGUCUAUAAAUAUAUUUUUUGUAUGUAUGCCUUUCCUAAUGAUCUGGAGAAGAUAGAUGUUAUUUUUAUAUAUUGCAGCGGAUUUUUUGUAAGUAUUUUAUACUUUUGAUAUGGUUCUCUGUAAAACAAGAGUAUUAUGUAAAUAUAGUUCUUUAG